CCUCUCUAUAUAUAUAAGGAAAAAAAAAUCCAGUCAUUACAGUAAAGUAUGAGUAGUUGCAGUUGAGAAGUGGUUCUUGUUUCCUUCUACAUAAACAACCGUUACUUCAAUUAACAAUUUAAUUUUUUGCCUUCAAUUAAGGGUUCUUUUAUAAGUUGCUUUUUUUGUGAAGAAGAAGGAGAAAAUGGCAUUAGUGAACAAUUGUGAAAAUUUGGGGUUAGGCAUUGUGAGGAGUACCUCGUUUGGACGAAAAAGAGUCACUUUAUCGAAUACAGUAGAUGUCGAUUUCAUUUCAACGACACCUACGAAGAAAAUUUGCAGCCAGAACUCGUUUUCUGCGAAUGAGAAAUCUCCUCUUGAAGCCCUGCCUAAAGAUAUCUUGAUAAGAAUAGUGUGUGGAGUUGAUCAUGAUGAUUUAAAGAAACUAUUCCAUGUAUCAAGGGCAUUUAGAGAAGUGUCCCUGAUUGCAAAAGGAUGGCAUUUUGAUUUUAGUACGCCCCGAAAGACGCUUCCAUUUCGGAAUGCUCUUGAGGUGGAGGAGUUAGGAGAUACCGAUGAGGUAGAAGAAGCGCCAAAUGCUCCGAUGCAAUCGAAGAUUGCAAGGUCUCGGUUGAGCAGGAAGAAGCUGGCUGACAUCUCGGUAGCCUUGUUUGCCUUGGACGAUUAAGAAAAUUGGCCGCGAAGAGAGUAAUUGAUACAAAUGGAAAUGGAGGUAUGGAGCUCGAAACUGAUUAGGUAUAGGUAUUGUAUAGUAGGAACUCAAAAAGGAUAUCGUUGUCGAACGAGGGGCUUGAUGUGAUAGCUUUAUUGGGUGGAAGAACAGAUUGGGGGAUCGACGCCCUUGAAGAUCACUUGCCAGUUAUGGAAGGACAUGAGUGGAGAAUGUAGUCGGAACUCUAUAUGGAUAUCUUAGUCUAUGUUGCUCGGACUCUCCGAAAAUGCUCCUGCACUUGUGUCGGGUCCUCCAAAAAUGCAACACUUUUGUUGGGCCUACGACCCGACACGCACCCUUCUGCAUUUUUGUAGAAUCCGAACAACAUAGAUCUUAGUCAAACUGAAGGUGCUUGACCUAAUGCCUUAUUGGGAAGAGCGUAUCAGAUGCCCUUGAAGAACACUUGCCCAACUCUGGAAGGACACAAGUGGAGAUUUGUCACCGAAUUUGACCAUUCUUCGAUUCGAUGUUCAUCGAUAGACGAAGCUCUCUCUUUUAUCGUUUCGUGUGAAAAGCAACGUCCUUUUUCCUAAUGUGGUUCGCGCCUAGCACCCAUGGAAGUCCGUUCAAACGGUAGACUAGGCUACACGCAUACAAUAACAGUUGAAAAGGAGGCACAUCAGAAGAGUCUUUACACGAGCCAUUGUUCUUCAACCCUUUCAUUGGAGAUGGGCUGGCUUGUUUGUAUUUGCUUGUACAUUUCAUAAGAAAUUUCCUGUUGUAAAUACUAAAGUCCACUCUUUCUUCUGAUAUUAGUAUUAAAAAUUGAUGUUAAUGGAAUGAAAGUAAUUUCUUUUCCACUUC